AUGGCAUCUGAGAUUGAGAUGGUACUUCCGACAGCCUUCGCAUACCAGGGGCAGCCCCUGUCGGGUCGCGAGAGGCGCUGGAUAGCGCGGCCGGUGCUGCGAUCUGAGCCCUUUACCGGGUGCUUCCCUCGCGAUCAGGUGUGUGGCGCAUGCCGUGACCCUUCGGGCUCGAAGGCGUUCGCGCACAGAACCAGUGUCAGAGGCCAGAGGCUGGGUCAGAAGGGAUAUGUUCCGCUUUUACAGACGACACAGAGCUCUUCAUGGAAAUGUGUGAGACGGCACAAUCGGAAGCUUUCCUCACAGCAUCUGGCACAAAAAGUCCUGGUUAUAUGUCGAAUUUCAAGUUCCUUAUACGUCGCGACGCCACAAUUCUUCUCAGCGAGCAGGCAGCCUGGUCCGUCCGCUGUGGGCGUGGACAGCGUCACCGAGAAUCAUUAUUACUAUAUCACUGUGCUCUGGUACAUCAACCUCCUGCUUCCUCCUUUCCUUCGUACACAACCGCAUGGUGGCUGCUGA